GAGAGAGGGAGACAGAGAGAGGCUGAUACAGAAUGGGAGGCUGACUCUGGUUUCCAACGGCAGGGAGCUGUGUGUACUGGUGUUGGUGGUGGUUUUCUUGGCCAGUUUUGGCGGGCGUGAAGGCAUGUCGGUAAUCGGCUCAGUAAUGAGGAAAGGUACUGAACGGUACUGAAUAUCUGACCCCGAUUCCUGGGAGUAAAGGGAGGCAGCGAGGGGAGAGGGAGAAACUGUGAGAGAGAGCGAGGCGAAAAGAGAGAGGGGCAUGUGAAAAGGGGUGGAGGGAAGCUGAGAUUUAGUGCUCUGCUGGAUGAAACAACCCCCCACUAACUAACGGAGAGGGAAAGUAGCCUAAUAGGAAGAAAAGAGGGGGUGUAAAACUGUUCAUUAAACACUCAAAGACGAGCAGGAAGCCUUUAUCAUUUCCCACAAUGAGACCAGAAAAGGACAUUGGUGUCUUGUGUGAAGCUUAGAGAAGUCAGCAGCGGGACAAAAACACAACAGAAUCAUACACAGCGACAGCAGACACACAAGAGAAGUAAAAAAAUGUCUCGAACUGAAGAGGUCAACAAGAUGACUGAAAAUGUCUACAAGGGGAUUCUGGACCAUUUCAACCCCAGUCUGAAGAACUUUGUGACCAUGGGGAAACACUAUGAGAAAGCUCUGACAGGUGUGACUGUGGCUGCCAAAGGAUACUUUGAUGCUCUCGUGAAACUGGGAGAACUGGCGAGUGACAGUCAAGGCUCCAAAGAGCUUGGAGACACACUGUUUCAGAUGGCCGAGGUCCACAGACAGAUUCAGGUGCAGCUGGAAGAUGUGUUAAAGCUGUUUCACUCCGAGCUGCUCGCCCAGUUGGAGCAGAAGCUGGAGCUGGACAUCAAAUACCUCACAGCCACCCUCAAAAAGUAUCAGAGUGAGCGAAGGUCUAAAACCGAGUCAAUCGAGCGCUGUCAGUCCCAGCUGAAGAAACUCCGUAGAAAGAGUCAAGGCACCCGUCACCCCAACAAAUAUGGUGACAGAGAGAUGCAGUUUGUGGAGCUGAUGAGCCGUCGCCAAGGUGAACUGGACACGCUGGUGGCCGCAGGGUACAGGUCCGCUCUCACGGAGGAGAGGAGACGCUACUGCUUCCUGGUGGACAGACAGUGCUGUGUCACCAAACUGCUCAUUAACUACCACUCCAAGGUGAGAGAGCUUCUGUCUCAGAAGCUGUCGUCUUGGCAGCAGUCGUGUUCUCAGCCAACAAAGCUCCCGGAGCGCGCCCUGAACCUGCUGCGUCACACUGCGCCUCAAAGUCCAGGGGCUGCUGGGAUAGCUGAGGUCCUUCGUCACACCAAGCUCGGCACCGCUCAGCCCGAGCAGAGGCUCUCUGUUCAAGAAGUCCCUCCUCUGUUAAACGGAGACUCCAGUCGCUCCCAGCAGCAGCGCUCGCUCCCCUCCUCCACCCAGAGUGACACAUGUCCUUCUCAGGCCACGCCCCAGACUUUCCUCACUGCUUCCUCCACCAGAGGAGCUGCUGGAGGUUCAUCACAGGGAGCAUCUCCUCAGCACAGCAGCACACCAGUCAGUGCUUCAGCCAGCCCACUCCCUGAUAGCAGCGCCAGUGGCAGCGCCAGCCCGGCUCCAUCCACUCCCACCACCACAUCCAGCAGCUCGGCCCAGCAGAGCUCGCUUCUCUUGGCCACAAACACGUCCAACCUGUCCCCAAGCCUCAUCCCCUCCACUGUGAUGUCACUCAGCCAGAUCUCCCCAGCAGGCAGCUCCUCACAGGGCGUGACCCUCCCUAUCCCUCACAGUGCACCUCACAGUCCUCCUCUGCCGCACAGCGCUCCUCUCUCCAGGGCCAUGACUCCGGUGCAGCUGCUGCACCAGCAGGUGGAACCAGGAGGGAGCAACACUUUAUCUCCGUCACAUAAUCCCUGGCUGCUGAAGACCUCAGAGAUGAGCGCUACUGCAACGCUUCCACUGCCAAGGAGACCUGUCAGUGAAAUGAGGCUGGGUGGCUUUCAGGGCUCCAGUCUUCCCAGGAUGCUGCCUUUAUCUGCACCUUCACAUGUGGAAGCCAUGUUUGCUCACACACCUGGCACAUCAGAUGGUGGCGGAGGAAGCACAGUGGGAGGGGCUUGCUUACUGCACUUCCUGCCUGGUGACAAUAUCACUUUGCUUAUCUCUGAGCCCAGAGAUGGGUGGCACUACGGUCAAAAUGAACGAACUGGACGGAAAGGCUGGUUCCCUUUUUCUUACACUCAGCCACAUCACAACAAGAUAGAUCUCCUCGAAAGCUCGCUCUUCUUAUCUAGAGCUAACAGCACCAGUACUGGACAACUUGACAAACUGGGGUCUCCGGGUCACCAAGCCCUCACCCCUGAGUCGGAGGAGGAGCACUCCCUUCCGCCCCAGAGGGUCAGCACCUUCCGCCCGCGCCCGUACAGCAUGGCCGACAGCAACAAGAUCACCUCGGAGUUGGCCUCUCCACCACCUUCACCAACCAGGCCCAAUCCAUUUGCACAUGUCCGACUCAGAAAAACUGUCACCAACGAUCGCUCAGCUCCCAUCAUUGAGUGAGCCUUGUAGUCCCGCUGUCGCCGCCGCAGCAGCAGCAGCAGCAGCAGCAGCAGCUGUCCAUCAUCCUCAGGUUGAAUCCUGGAAAGAAGCACACUGACUUAUGUUGAUGUUCUAUUUUUAAAUUUAAUCAAAUACCAUGGUGUGUUUCGUGUAUAAAGGCUGUUAUAAAUAUGAUUGCAGUCCACUGGAUUUGGAGGUUGCUGGGGGUAGGGGACAAUUUAAGAAACUGCUUUAGCGUAGGCUUUAAUAUAAAAUCUAGGCUAGUUUAGAUGUUUAGUUUCAUGUUUGUUACACUGUAUCCUCUUCGUCCAGAAUAACUAACAUGUUAUAGUUUGCCUCCUGAAAGGAGGUGUUUCUUUUACUGUUUUAAAGUGCUUUUUUUCACUUUUUGUUAUUUUUGUGCCAUAUUCAGAGACGUUUUCUGUGUUCAGCUAAUUUAGGGGCUGGAUCCUAAUAUCAGGUUGUGCACACUGCCUAUGAAGUGUUAUGGGAAGAGGACAGGCUCCUUCUCUACUACAGUAUUAUAUUUCUUAGAAAAACUGCCAGAUCUGGUGCAUUUUCUUGGUUCCAGUUAAGGUGAGCGUUUAAAUUUUUUUUUCCUUUUUAUUUUAACACAACGAUUGGAUGAGCUACGUGACAUAAUAAUGAAACUGGCACCCUGACUUAUAUUUGUGCCACUUUUAGUUUCUGGAAUUGAGAGAUGUUUGAAUGCACAAGUCUGUCAGAUAUAUUCUUCUGUGCCGGUUAACACCAUUCAUUCUGCAUCUGUAAAGUUACACAUUAUCAUUUGUGAGUAGAUGACUCAAAAAAAAUGCAUUCUGCUUUAAAUUUGAUUUUCCAGAGUUGAUCAAUUCCAUCUACUCACUGAGUGAAAUAAUCAAAAUUGUCCUUUUUUUUUUUUUAAAUACACAGCAACUAUGACAACACAAAUAAAACUUCAUAAACUGUAAAAGUUGGUAGUUGAAUGUUUGGAUAGUGGUAUCACAGAAAGAAGUGUUUUCUUAGAAAGUAGCAUGUCAUGGAGGGUUCAAAGUUUUAAGAAUGAAAGAUCUGCGUGCUCAGUUUUUGGAUUUGAUGUCGUCUUGAUUUCUUUUCAGUCCCAAAUCUGAAGCUACUCACCAGCUAGGCUGCUUAAUUGUAGUUGUAUGUCUAUCAGUCAGACUAAGCAGAAUCUUAAAGAGAAGUAUGAAUGCCAAGACAGAUGAUACGAUUAGGUUUUUAUUGGGGAAUUGUAUCUAUGGAAGUGAUGAAGAAAGCAUACAGAAAGUUGACCGACGUUUGAGCAAGUGUUCGUGGUAAUCUACAGACAUCCAAAGUAAUUUUCUGUAGCUCUGUACUCUUUGUUGCCUCUAGCAAAGUGAAAUCUGUGCAAACUGAAGUGGUUCAUGUUCCUGUUUUAACCGCCUUGAGUUGCUUUGAUGUUUUAGCACCUUAAAGAUUCAUGAUAUCAUCUAUAAAGCUUGUAGAAAAUCAUUUCUAUCAGCAUAUAUUGUAAUUACUUUGUGUAGCAUUGCAUCACUAAUAAAGAUGACAGAAAAAUGCUUUUAAUGCCUGUAUAUAGUGCAAAAAAUGUGUGAAGGUAUGACUUUUAAAUUUUAUCUUUAGUAGAACAUUUGGACUUUGUGGUAAUACAGAGUGAACAUCUGAUGCUGGAAACUGCUGCUGGUAGUGAAAUUCAGUCUCCAGCUCAGAGUAACUUACACAGAAUGAGAUACUGUCAUUAUAGCUUGCAUAGGCCUGAAUGUGAGGUUAGAUACACUGUAUCACUAAUUCAUGUAGAAUUUAAUCUUUAAAAAAAACAACAUAUUUAGCCAUAGUGAAACCCGGACUGCAUUUAGUCACAAAUACAUUCAAAGCAAGAAGUCUG